AUGCCAAAGGUGUUCAAGAACAAACACCAGAGAAUUCAUCACAGUGCCAAAAGUGCCCAAGGACAAAUGCCAAAGAAUUCACCACACAAUACUGAAGGUGUUCAAGAACAAAUACCAGAGAAUUCAUCAAAUGCCGAAAGUGCGCAAGGACAAAUGCCAGAGAAUUCACCACACAAUGCCGAGAACAAACACCAGAAAAUUCAUCACAGUGCCAAAAGUGCCAAAAGACAAAUGCCAGAGAAUUCACCACACAAUGCCGAAGAGAAUUCAUCACAGUGCCAAGAACAAAUGCCAGAGAAUUCACUACACAAUGCUGAAGAGAAUUCAUCACAGUGCCCGAGGACAAACUCCGGAGAAUUCACCACACAAUGGCGAAGGUAUUCAAGAACACCAGAGAAUUCAUCACAGUGCCCAAGGACAAACACCGGAGAAUUCACUACACAAUGCCAAAGGUGUUCAAGAACACCAGAACAAAUGUUAGAGAAUUCACCACAUGAUGCCGAAGGUGUUCAAGAACAAACACCAGAGAAUUUAUCACAGUGCCAAAAGUGCCCAAGGACAAACAUCAGAGAAUUCACUACAAUGCCGAAGGUGUUUAAGAACAAAUACCAGAAAAUUCAUCAUAGUGCCAAAAGUGCUCAAGGACAAAUGCCAGAGAAUUCACCACACAAUACUGAAGGUGUUCAAGAACAAACACUAGAGAAUUCAUCAAAAUACCGAAAUGCCGAAAGUGCCCAAGGACAAAUGCCAGAGAAUUUACUACACAACACCAAAGGUUUCAAGAACAAACACCAGAGAAUUCAUAAUGCCGAAGAUGCCCAAGAACAAAUACCAGGCAUAACACCAAAAGCAUCUAAAAACAAACACCAGAGAAUUCACCACACAGCACCAAAAUUGCCAAGGAGAAUUCACCACAUAAUACUGAAA